AUGGCAGAAUCCAGAGACUAUGUUGGAGACUUCCUGACAGAAUUCAAGGAGCAGAUAAUUACAAGAGUGACUCGGGUCAGUGACAUUGCUGAGGCUGUUAUCUCCCAAAGUCUGAUCCAUGAAGUGGCAGCUCAAAAGGUGGAGGCUGCUCCAACCCAGCAGGAGGCAAUGCGGCUCCUGUUUGAGGCUUUGGAAAGAGAACCAGCCCGAAACAGAGUGUCCUUCCAUCUUAUCCUGAGAAUGACAGAGCCUGAAUUGAUUCACGAACUAGAGUGGAUACAACGCAACAGCAAGCACACGCAAACAGAGAAAUGCAGUCCACUCAGUUCUCCCAGAGAAAAAAGAAAACAGGAUGGGCAUGCAAGAGACAUUCAGAAGAGAAAAGACUCACUAAAAAGGCGUAAAGUGGAGACAAUACGUGCCAUUGAGCAGAUCGAGAAACUUUGGGAAGGAACCAAGCAAGAGAGGACUGAGAUAGAGAACACGAGACAGAGGAUUCAGCGACAGCAAGAUGAAAUAACUAGGAUAACCACAGAGAAAAGUCAACUCGAGAGAACUAUUACUCUCAUGAAAGCUGAGAUGGACCACAUCCGUGAAAGAAUGGAUCGGAAUAAAGAGGAGGUAAACCGAGAGAGGGAGAGGAUUGAGCAAAUAAGAGCUGAUCUUCAAACCGAGCAAAGCACCCUGGAGCAAAAGCGUGAUGAUAUCAUGAGAGAGAGACAGAAUUUGGAGAUGAUCAGAUAUGAGACUCUGAGACAGAAUGAGGAGCUGGAGAGCAACCGAGAAACCACCAAGUAUGAGUUGGAACGAAUGGAACAAAUGAAAAGUGCCAUACAAGUUCAGAUUACUGAGAUAGAAAUGAAGAUUGACGGAACACAGAAAUCAAAGGUUCAGAUGGAUCAGAUGAAAUCUGAAAUAGAGCAGGAAAAAAAUGAGUUGGAGAGAAAAAAGGAUGACAUCAAGAAGCAAAAAGACCAAUUUGAGAAGAUUAAACUUGACAUACAGCAAGUGAAGUUGGAAAUGGAGCAAAGGUGGCAUGAAACAGAAAAAGAAGGGCUGGAACAUAGAGCCAUAAUCCAAAGAGAGAAAGAUGAGCUGAAAUACCUGCAAGACGAGGUUCAAAGAGCAAGAGAAGAGGCUGAAAGAAACAGAGAGUUUUCAAAACAAGAAAAUGAUAGAAUAAACCAGCUGAGAGCUCAAGCACUUAUAGAAAACAAUCUCAUUGAAAAGAAAUGGCAGGACGUCUUAAGAAAAGAAAAAGAUCUGGAAGAGCUGAAACAUGAAAUUGAGAGAGGCAGAGAGGAGUUGGCAAUGAAUGGAGACCUGGUCAAAAAGGAGUGGGAAAAGAUCGAACAGACCAAAGCGGACAUGCAAAGUCAAAUGGUGUCUAUGGAGAACAGAGUUGAGGAAGUAAAAAGAGAAACUGAGAGGCUGAAACAUAUGAAAACAGAGAUUCGGAGGGACAAAGAUAUUAUAGAAAAACAGAGGGAUGAAACAUGGAAAGCUAAAGAAGAAAUGGAGAAGAAGAGGUAUGAGUUAUUGACAGAGGAGAUAGAGCACAGAGCUCGACUGCAGAGGGACAGAGAUGAGCUGGUGAGUGUAAGAGUAGAGAUACAAAGAGCUAAUGAUAUGGAGAAAGCAAAGAUACUGAAAGAGAAGGAAGAAAGUGUUAAGAUAAGAGAAGAGGCUAGACAAGAAAGAGAAAUGGCAGAACUGAUCAAAGCAGAGACCAAGGCCGAAAAAGACAGCUUGAACCGAAGACAAGAGGAAAUGCUGAGAGAGAGACAAGAUCUAGAGAGAAUUAAACAUGAAACGGUCAGGGCCAAAGAAGAGAUCGAGAACAGUCAAGAGGUCACAAUCCGGGAAAAUGAGAAAAUGGAAAAAAUGAAAGCUGAAAUUCAAGGGCAAAUUGAAGAUAUUGAGAAGAAGGUUGAGGAGAUCCAAAAAAAUAAAGAAAAAAUGGAGGAAACAAAGGCUGAGUUGGAGGAAGAGCAGGAGGAGCUGGAAAGAAAGAGAGAUUUGGUGAGAAGAGAGACCGAACAGUGCGAGUUCCUCAGAAGUGAAAUUCUCAGGGUAAAGGAAGAAAUGGAGAGCAGGUGGCAUGAAACUGAGACAGAGGAAGUCGAACUCAGAGCAAAAACUCAGGAUGAGCUGGAAAGACUGGAAAAACUGAGGGACGAGGUCCAGAGAUCCCAGAAAAACAUUGAGGACAGCAAGAUGGAGCUCAUGCAGUGGAGGUACAGUCUUGACAAAAUUAAGGUUCAGGCAGAGGAAGACAAACAUGCCGCCAUCAAACAGAUGGAUGAGGCUAAAGCAAAGGGAGAAGAGUUGAGAAAAACAAUAGAACAGAUGGAGAAAGAGCGAGAAGAGAUUAAUAACAGCAGAGAAAAGGCUAAACAAGAAGCAGAUGAAAUCAAAAGCAUGAUGAAUGAGCUACAAAGACAACAGGCAGAAAUAGAGAAUAGGAUUAGAGACGCAAAAAAAGAAAAAGAGGAUGCAAACCAUGCCAAACUUGCAGUCCAAGAGGCUGAGAUACUCCUAAAAAAGCAAAUGGAAGAGUCAGAAAAGAGACGGUAUGAAAACAUAACAGAGGCGCUGGAGCAAAGAGAUGAAAUACAUAAGAAAACAGAGGAGUUAGAACAAAUAAAAGAAGAGAUACAAAUAGCCAGACGUGAGCUAGAAAAGAUGAAGCAUUCUGAAAAAGAUAUGCUACAGAAGAUGUUGGAGGAUACACAGCAAGAGAGAGAGUUCAUUGAGCAAAUGGGAACAGCUGUGCUUAAGGACAAGGAAGAUCAGGAAAAGCGUUUAGUUAAUGAGAGAGAGGAGCUUGAACAGAUUCAAUUUCAGGUCCAGAAUGAGAAGAAAGAUCUAGAAAAACUAAGGUAUGAGAUGAUGAGAUAUAAUGUAGAAGUGCAGAGACAAAAAGAAGACCUUGAAAAGAUCAAAACUCAGCUAGUUAUUGACACAGAGGCCAUGAACAGAAGCAGAGAGUUAGCGAGGCAAGAUAGAGAGAAAGCUGAACAUUAUAUGCUUGAGAUCCAAAAACAAAGAGAGGAUGUGAAUAAAAGGUUAGAAGAGACAAAAAGACGAGAGGAUGCCGUGAGGCAGAUGAGGGAGGACAUGAAACACGAGAGAGAGGAUCUGGAGAAGAUUCGCAUAGAAGCACUGAGAGGGAAUGACGCGUAUGGAGAGGUCAAGGAGGAGAUUAACAGAGUGAGAGCGGAGAUGGAAAGGUUGUGGGAUGAGGCUGAAAAGGGAGAGCAGGAAGAACGUGAGAAGAUGAACAGGGAGAAGGAGGAGAUAAUGAGGAAGAUGGAAGCUAUGAAGAAGGAGAUUGGUGAGAUUGAACACAUGAAGGUGGAGUUAACGAAACAUAAGAAGGACAUCGAUAUAAAGAUUGGAAAGGCAAGGUCAGAAAUGACUAAACUUGAAAAGAUGAAAGCAGACCUCCAGAGACAGAAAGAAGAUAUUGAGAAUCAGAUGAUGAAAGCAAAGAGUGAAAGAUACCAGAUGGAACUGAUGAGGACUGAGAUCUUGAAACAAAAAGAGGAUGUUGAAAAGAAAAUGGAGCUAGCAAAAGCAGAGAUGGACAAAAUGCAGCAUGUCAAAAAUGAAAUAAAAAGACAAAAAGAAGAGUUGGAGGAAAGGAUGCAGAAAACUAAACGAGAGACUGGAGAAAUGGAGCUGAUGAAGAGAGAAAUGGAAGGGAAGAAGAAAGAACUUGACCAAAGGAUGAAAUUGACCAUGAGGAAGAAGGGUGAGAUGGAACAAUUGAAGAUGGAGAUACAAAGGGCUAAAGAUGAGAUGGAAUGGAAAAGAAUGGAGACGGAGAGACAGAAGAACGAAAUGGAGCAAGUUAAAGUUGAAAUCCAAAGAGCGAGGGAGGAGUUGGAACAAAGGCUUGAGGAGAGAGAUUUAGAAGAAGAGAAAGGACAGAUGAAUCUCACAAUAAUCAACGUUAUUCAGCAGAUCGAGGCAACGAGAGAAAUGGUGCGCAGAACGAAGUUCCAGAUUGAAAACCGAAUGGCAGAAUGUCAGAUGGAGACAGCAGACCAAGAGGUGAUGAAUGCUGAGAUGCAGAGGCUCAUUCUGGAGAUCGAACACAUUCGAGAAAUGCUGCAAGGUCUUAAGAGUGAGGUGGAACACAACAAGGACAUUAUGAAAAGAGACAGGAAUGAGAUGAAGCUGUCGAGGAACGAAGUUCAACGAAAGAGAAGAGAGAUGGAACACAGAGAAGAAAAGAUUAUGAGAGAACGAGAUGAACUAGAACUCAUGAAAAAUUUGAUGCAGCAGCAAAAAAAGGAGCUGGAGGAGAGGCUUGAGGAUACCAUUAAAGAGAAUGAUAAGGUUGAGCAGAUGAGAGAACAUGUGAAAAAUGCUUUGGAUGAUAUAGAACAGGCAAAGGAAGAGAUACAGAGACAGAAAGAACUCAUUGCUCAAGAAACGACAAGCAAAGAAAAGGUUCAACAAGUCAUCGUUGCAACUGAGAGCCCAGAGUGUUCAAAAACAGAAGACCCAGCUUCCAUUGAAACAUUUAUAACAGAAGACUUUGAAGUUAGUUUAAGUGAAAUUCAGAAAGAAAGACAAAAACUAGAACAUUAUAAAGAAAUCAUUUUAAAAGAGAAAGAGGAACUAAUGAAGGCAAAAGAGGAUAUGCAAACAAUGAAACAUGAAGCAGAAGAGAGGAUGUCCAGACUGCAAGAGAAGGAAAAAGAGAUGGAAAAUAAAACAGUGAGUCUAGAGAAUAGGGAAAAACUGCUGCAAUCAGAGAGAGAAGAGAACCAAAGAGGUUUAGAUACAAUAUGUAAAGAGAAGCAGCAGCUGAAUAAACGAAAACAAGAACUGGACAAUAUGGAAAUAAAUCUACAAGGACAGAAAAAUGAAUUGGAAAUAACAAGAAUGCUGGAGAUUCAACACAUUGAUGUUCAAGUUCAAACUAAUGUGAUGGAUGACACAAUAAAAUAUGAGAAAUAUGAGCUGGACAAAGAGCGGCAAGCACAAGAAUAUUUCGAAGAAGACUUCCUUGCACAAACAAGUACAAUGGAGAGACAACUGACAGAAAUAAAAUUGAGCAAAGCCACAAUGCAAACUACGACGAAAACCACAGCAGACAUGGAGUUACAAUUAGAGCUGCAAAAACAGGAGCUGGAAAGAACAAAAUAUGAGCUGGAAAAGGCAAAGCUAGAAUUACAGAAUGGAUGGGGCGACCUGCAGGCUGAGCUAUCAGAAAGCAGAGAAAAAGAAGACAUGAUAAGAACAGAAUUAGAAAAAGCAAGAGAUGUCCUUAAUCACAUUAGACAGGAUGUAGAAAUACAAAAGCAAACAAUGGAGGCUGAUCUAAAAGACACUUUUGCUAGAGAACUAGAGGACAUGGAAGCUCAAAGAAAAAUGAUAGAGGAUGAAAAGAGAACAUUACAGAGCAUGAAGUUUGAGCUGCAAAGAGAAUCUGCAGAUAUUGAGAGGGUAAAACAGGACGUGCAGGAAGAAAGACAGAAUAUUACACUGACCAAGGAGGAGCUGGAAAAAGAGCGACAAGCUCUGGAGUAUUUCAAAGAAGACAUACUUGCACAAAAAAGUACAAUAGAGAGACAACUGGUGGAAAUAAACCUGAGCGAGGAUGAACUUUCGCUCAAAGAAACCUCGUUGCAAACUGCAACAAGAUCCACAGCAGACACUGAGUUACAAUUAGAGGUGCAAAAACAGGAGCUGGAAAAAACUAAAUAUGAGCUGGAAAAGGCAAAGCUAGAAAUACAGAAAGGAUGGGAUGACCUGCAGGCUGAACUAUCAGAAAGCAGAGAAAAAGAAGACAUGAUAAGAACAGAAUUAGAAAAAGCGAGAGAUGUCCUUAAUCACAUUAGACAUGAUAUAGAAAUACAAAAGCAAACGAUGGAGGCUGAUCUAAAAGACACCUUUGCUAGAGAACUAGAGGACAUAGAAGCUCAAAGAAAAAUGAUUGAGGAUGAAAAGAGAACAUUACAGAGCAUGAAGUUUGAGCUGCAAAGAGAAUCUGCCAAAAUUGAAAGAGUAAAACAGGACAUGCAGGAAGAAAGACAGAAUAUUACACUGACUAAGGAGGAGAUGGAAAAAGAGCGACAAGCUCUGGAGUAUUUCAAAGAAGACAUACUUGCACAAAAAGGUACAAUAGAGAGACAACUGGUGGAAAUAAAACUGAGUGAGGAUGAACUUUCGCUCAAAGAAACCUCACUGCAAACUGCAACAAGAACCACAGCAGACAUUGAGAUACAAUUAGAGCUGCAAAAACAGGAGCUGGAAAAAACAAAAGAUGAGCUGGAAAAGGCAAAGCUAGAAAUACAGAAAGGAUGGGAUGACCUGCAGGCUGAACUAUCAGAAAGCAGAGAAAAAGAAGACAUGAUAAGAACAGAAUUAAAAAAAGCGAGAGAUGUCCUUAAUCACAUUGGACAGGAUAUAGAAAAACAAAAGCAAACGAGGGAGGCUGAUCUAAAAGACACUUUUGCUAGAGAACUAGAGGACAUAGAAGCUCAAAGAAAAAUGAUAGAGGAUGAAAAGAGAACAUUACAGAGCAUGAAAUUUGAGCUGCAAAGAGAAUCUGCCAAAAUUGAGAGAGUAAAACAGGACAUGCAGGAAGAAAGACAGAAUAUUACACUGACCAAGGAGGAGAUGGAAAAAGAGCGACAAGCUCUGGAGUAUUUCAAAGAAGAAACACUUGCACAAAAAAGUACAAUAGAGAGACAACUGGUGGAAAUAAAACUGAGCGAGGAUGAACUUUCGCUCAAAGAAACCUCACUGCAAACUGCAACGAGAACCACAGCAGACAUUGAGUUACAAUUAGAGCUGCAAAAACAGGAGCUGGAAAAAACAAAAGAUGAGCUGGAAAAGGCAAAGCUAGAAAUACAGAAAGGAUGGGAUGACCUGCAGGCUGAACUAUCAGAAAGCAGAGAAAAAGAAGAUAUGAUAAGAACAGAAUUAGAAAAAGCAAGAGAUGUCCUUAAUCACAUUAGACAGGAUAUAGAAAAACAAAAGCAAACGAUGGAGGUUGAUCUAAAAGACACUUUUGCUAGAGAACUAGAGGACAUAGAAGCUCAAAGAAAAAUGAUAGAGGAUGAAAAGAGAACAAUACAGAGCAUGAAGUUUGAGCUGCAAAAAAAAUCUGCCGAUAUUGAGAGGGUCAAACAGGACGUGCAAGAAGAAAGACAGAAUAUGGAUAAAUUGACAGCACAGCUUAAAAAAGACAGGGAGGAACUAGAAAAGAAAAUGAGUGACAUGCAACAAAUACAAGCAGAGUUAGCGGGAGAAAAGAAAGCUCUAGAAAUUCUGAGAGAGGAGAAUGAGCUGACAUUGAAGGAGAUCAAAGUGGAGAGAUACACUCUUGAGAGGAUAAAUGAACUUGUUUCUCAACAAAAAGAUGAUAUAGAGAAAAGAGAAACCGAACUGCAGCAAAUGCAGGAUGACUUUAACAGACAACAAAAAGAUAUGCAGGAAAUCCAGAAUAUAGUUUUCAUGCAAAAAAGUCAACUUCAGAAAAGCCAAGAUGAAAUAGAAGAAAAGCUAAAACAGGUGGAUGAUGUCAUGCAGUUCACACAAAAUGAAAAAGACAAUCUUGACAGAGAGAGGGUGGCUAUAAUGGAACAGAAGCAGCAGAUGGAGAGCAACAUGACAAAUGCAUUAAACAGGGAACUUGAAGUGGUAGCGCUUGUAAAAGAAGAGGUAGUAAAUGAGAAGCGACUUAUUGAGGACUGCAGAAUUACUUUAAUGAGAGCUACAGAAGAUCUAGAGCAAAAGAAAAUCGAUUUGGAAAGACAGAGGGAGGAAAUAAAACUGCAAAGGCUGGGUAUUGCAGGCGAACAACACAAGUUGGAACAGAUUAAAUCGGUGCUGCAAACAGUAGCUGGAGAUACUGAGAAGCUAAGACAAGAUACAUUAGCUGAAAGACGGACACUUAAAGACACUACAGCACAACUCCAGAAAGAAAGAGAUGCCAUUGCUAGUCUUGCAGAGGAGACAAAAAGAAAGAGAGAGGACCUGGAUCAAAUGCAAGCUGAUCAGGAAAAAAACGUUGAGAUAUUGAAGGACAUGAAGGCUGAUCUGCAAAAAGAAGCAGGUGCCAUUGAAAAUCUAAGACAAGCUGUUCAAAAUGACAUAGAAAAUGUAAAAGACAUGAAAGCUCAAAUUCAAAAAGAAAGACAAUGCACUGAUAGUCUAGUUGAAGAGAUUGAAAAAAGGUCAAAAGCUCUGGAUGAGAUGCAAAUGGAGAUUGAAAAAGAGAAGCAAGAGGUUGAUUCUGAGAGAGACGCACUAGAACAUGAAAAGUCUAGGCUCAGAGAUCUCAAAGACGAAUUUGAUCAGCAAAAAGAACAGGACAUUACAAGACUGGAAAAUCUUAAGAAGAUGAGUGAAACCACCUCAAAAGAAAGGUGCAUUGUGGAAAGUGAUAAAGAAUAUUUAAGACUCAGAGAAAAUGAACUAAAUCAAAAAGAAGCAGAGAUUGAAUACAAACAAAAACAAAUGGACGAGUUGAAGAGCAAUUUAAGGAUGGAAAAGGUGCAAGUUGAGCAGAUACAAGCUGAACAAGAACAACAAUGGGAAGUUUCACAAGGAAAAAUUGAAUAUGUAAAGACUGCAAGAAAUAGAGAAAUGACAGAUUUGGAUGAAGCGAGACAGGAAAUAGAGAAUUUGCGAGAAGAAUUGAGGAAAACCAAUGAAAAUGUUGAGCUCCAAAAUAAAAAAUUAACCGAACAAAAGGAAUUAUUCGAAUGCCACAUGAAAUCUUUGGAAAUUGAUAAGGAAGACAUGGAAAAAGAUAAAGCAAAACUACAAAACGAAUUUGAGGACUUUCAGUUUAAGAGGCAGUGCUUUGAGAAAGAGAUACAGCAAGAGAAAGCUGAGCUUCAGAGAGAAGCUGAAAAUAUCCAGAGAAUGAAGAAAGAGGUUAUGGAUGAAAAACAGAGUAUAAAAGAUAUGGCAGACCGAAUUCAACAUGAGGGAAAUGACAGGAGAGAAACUCUGGAGAGGAUGUCCCUUGAGCUAGAAAAACAAAAGCAAACCACAGAGACCGAAAAAGAUAUGAUAGAAAAGCAGAAGUCAGAAGUGGAGAAGAGCAAAACAGAGAUAGCUAGAGCCAAAGAAGAUCUUGCUGAAAUGAGAAAAAAGAACAAUAUUGAUAUGUCAGAGAUCGAUAUGCAGAGAAAUUCUCUUGAGCAAAUGAAGAUGAACAUCUCACAAGAGGAACAUGAAAUUAAAAAACAGAAAGACAGUUUAAGACACCAGGAAAAUGAACUGAUUAAACGUAUGACAAAAUUGUAUGCACAACAGAAAGAAACAGAAGAGAUUCAGGACAUUAUCAUCAAAGAGAAGAGUCAGCUCAAUGAAAGAAAGGCUGAAAUGGAAAAGCAAAAGCGAGAAUUAGAUGAUGUGCUGGACACACUCAAGAAAGAGAGGACUGAGAUAAUGGUGGAAAGACUAAGAGUGAAUGACAUGCAUACUGAACUUAAGAGAGAAAGUGAAUCAGUGGAACUGAUGAAACAAAAAGUUCUCAGAGAAAAAGAAUCUAUUGAAAACAGAAUGAAAAUACUGAACAUAGAUCUAGAGGAUAUGAAAGAAAAGAGAACCAUCUUAGCUGAGGAAUUUAAGACCUUAAACGAUCAUAAACAAACGAUUGGCAAAGAAAAGAAGGAAUUGGAUAUGAUGAAAGCUGAGCUCCAACAAGAAACUGAAAAUAUUGCAAAUCUAAGGCAGAACACUGAGGAAAUGGCAAUCAAACUUCAAAAAGAAAAGGAGGAUAUAGAGACUUCUGUUGCCAGGAUCAGAGAAGAGGAAGCAAGUCUAAGAAAAGAAAAACAAACAUUUAAAUCUGAUAGAGACACUUUCAGAAAGGAAAAGUUUGACCUGGAGAAAACUAAGACAGAGAUAAACAGAGCCAAGGAAGAUCUUGAGAACCAACUUGAAUCUCAGAAAAGACUAAAUAAGAUAGCAUUGGCUGAGAUACAGAAAGAGAAGGAUGUUCUUGAGCACUUGAGAAUGAACAUAUCAAAAGAUAGAGAUGAUCUAGAAAAUGAGAGGGAUGACAUUAAGAGGGAAAGAGCUGAAAAAAUGAAUCAAAAACAGCAAGUUGAGGUAAAUUUGAGGGAAGAACUGAAAAACGAAAGUGAAAAGUUGGAGCUGCUAAGAAAGGAGGUGUAUGAUGAAAAGGAAGGAAUUGACAACAUCAGAAAAACGAUAAAAACAGAAAUGGAUGAUUUGGAACAAACAAAGCUUGAUGUAGUUAAAGACUUGGAAAAUUACAAACUUCAGAAACAAAUGAUUGAGGAUGAGAAGGACAAAAUUGAGCAGAUGAAAGCUGAGCUAAAAAGAGAAGCUGAAAAUAUUGGAAGGAUAAAGCUAGAGACAGAAAAUGAAAGGCAAAAACUUGAGGAAGCAACAACCCAACUUAAGAAAGAUAGAGACAAUGUUGACAUCCUUGCUAAGGAACUUAACAAGAAAAAAGUGGGUCUAGAAAACAGGGAUCGGGAAAUGGAAAGGCAAAGGAAAGCAAUUGAGUCUAAUAAACAGAUGCAGGAAAUGGCUUUGUUUGAGCUGAAGAAAACUGUGACAGAUAUAGCAACUGCGAAGGAGGAUCUUGAAAACCAGCUUGCGGAAGAAAGAGAAAAGAACAAGAUCGCACUUGCAGAAAUACAGACAGAAAGAGACAUGCUUAUUCUACUGAGAGAUAAUAUUUCAGUGCAACAGGAUGACAUUGUAAAUGAGAAGGAACAAAUGAGACUGAGAGGGAUUGAACUUGAACAAAUCCGAGCUCUGAUUUACACACAGCAAGAUGAAACGGAAGCUACAAGGAAAGCUCUCACAAUGGAAAAAGAUAGACUCGAAGAGAAGAAAAUUGAAAUAGAUCAGAGACAGAGAAAAAUAAAUGAAAUCAUUGAUUUUGCAACAGAAGAAAAGGCUAAUCUUGAGAAAGAAAGGUCUGAAAUUAUAGCAAAAAAACAACAAAUGGAGACCGAACUUGAGCUCGUUAAGGUAGAACUGAAUAAUGGAAAAGAAUUAAUCGAGAAACGGACCCAAAUGUUGAAAAUAUAUGAGGCUGACGUGGAUGAAAAAAAAGAAGCUUUAGAGAGAGAGAUAAAAGAGCUCAGAUAUCAAAAACAAGCUAUUCAAGAUGAGAAGAAGGAUGUACAACAAAUGAAGAUAGAGCUGCAAAUAGAAGCCAAUGCCAUCAAAAAGAUAAAAGAAGAAACACAAAAUGAAAGACAGGGUUUGGAAAAAAUGGCCGAAGAACUUCAGAAAGACAGAAAUGAUAUUAUUCAUCUUGCUGAAGAUAUAAGGAGAAAGAAUGAGCUCAUGGAUGAAAUAAGAAUUGCAAAUGAGUCUACACUGGCAAAUCUACAAAGAGAGAAAAACAAUCUUGAGCAAAAGAGAGUAAAAAUCUCCAAACAAACAGAUGAUAUUGAAAAAGAAAAAGAGAAACUAAGACUUAAACAAGAUGAACUAGAGCGACUGCAAGAAGAGUUUCAUAAGCAAAAAAGUGAAAUAGAAAAAGAAAAGAGAGACAUUGAUGGUGAAAGAGCUGCAAUGCUCAGGGAAAAACAGGACAUGAUGACAGAACUGAAAAAGAAGACUGAAGAUAUUGAGAUCCAAAUGAAGGCAGUAUUGACUGAAAAGGAACUAUUGGAUAAUGACAGGCAACUGCUGAAGAGAGACAUGGAAGAUCUGCAACAAAAAAUAAUGAAUGUAGAUAGAGAUUCAGAGAGUCUGAAACUUGAGAGAGAAUCUUUUGAGAAUGAAAAAGAAUCAAUGAAACAGAUGAAAACUGAUCUGCAACGAGAAACACAUGAGAUUGAGAAGAUCAAACUAGAGACACAAGAUGGAAAACAAAGACUGGAGGCAUUGACCGCUCAACUCCAGAAAGAGAGAGACACCCUCGAUGAGAUGAAUGAGAACAUCAAAAGACAAAUGCAUGACAUUAAACAUCAACAAGACCAAAUCAGACAAAAACAACAUGAAUUAGAGCAGAUGCAAACUGAAAUUCAGAAUCUGAAAAAGGAAAUAGACAAUGACAGACAUAUUAUAAUGAAGGACAAAAGUCAGCUUGACCUGAGACAAUCUGAGCUUGACAAACAACAGACACAAGUGAAUGAGUUUAUGGAAAUAAUGAGGAAUGAGAGAAGACAACUAGAUGAAGAUAAAGAAGAUAUGGAAGAACAGAAACAACAAAUGGACAAAAGAAGAGAAGAUGUAGACCAAAGAAGAAAUAAUUUGGAUGAAGACUUGAAGAUGCUGAUACUUCAGAAACAAGUGUAUGAAGAUGAGAAGAACAAGUUAGAACAGAUGAAGAUUGAGCUGCAAAGAGAAGCUGAUGAAAUCAGAAAGCUAAAAGAAGAAACAGACAAUGACAGAGAGGGUUUGGAAAAGAUGGCUGAAAUACUUCAAAAAGAGAGAGAAGAUAUUGUUCAUCUUGCUGAAGAUACAAAGAUGAAGAAUGAGAUCAUGGAUGAAAUGAAAGUUGCAAAUGAGUCUACACUGGCAGAUAUACAAAGAGAGAAAUACAGUCUUGAGCAAAUGAGAGUGAACAUCUCCAAACAAAGAGAUGAUAUUGAAAGAGAAAAAGAGAAAAUAAGACUCAAACAAGAUGAACUAGAGCGACUGCAAGAAGAGUUUCAUAAACAACAAAGUGAAAUGGAAAAGGAAAAGAGAGACAUUGAUGGUAAAAGAGCUGCAAUGAUCAGGGAAAAACAGGACAUGAUGACGGAACUGAAAAAGAAGUCUGAAGAUAUUGAGAUCCAAAUGAAGGCAGUAUUGACUGAAAAGGAACUAUUGGAUAAUGACAGGCAACUGCUGAAGAGUGAUAUGGAAGAUCUGCAACAAAAAAUAUUGAAUGUAGAUAGAGAUUCAGAGAGUCUGAAAUUUGAGAGAGAAUCUUUUGUGAAUGAAAAAGAUUCAAUGAAACAGAUGAAAACUGACCUGCAACGAGAAGCACAUGAGAUUGAGAAGAUCAAACUAGAGACACAAGAUGGAAAACAAAGACUGGAGGCAUUGACCGCUCAACUCCAGAAAGAGAGAGACACCCUAGAUGAGAUGAAUGAGAACAUCACAAGACAAAUGCAUGACAUUAAACAUCAACAAGACCAAAUCAGACAAAAACAACAUGAAUUAGAGCAGAUGCAAACUGAAAUUCAGAAUCUGAAAAAGGAAAUAGACAAUGACAGACAUAUUAUAAUGAAGGACAAAAGUCAGUUUGACCUGAGACAAUCUGAGCUUGACAAACAACAGACACAAGUGAAUGAGUUUAUGGAAAUAAUGAGGAAUGAGAGAAGACAACUAGAUAAAGAUAAAGAAGAUAUGGAAGAACAGAAACGGCAAAUGGACAAAGGAAGAGAAGAUGUAGACCAAAGAAGAAAUAAUUUGGAUGGAGACUUGAAGAUGCUGAUACUUCAGAAACAAGUGUAUGAAGAUGAGAAGAACAAGUUAGAACAGAUGAAGAUUGAGCUGCAAAGAGACGCUGAUGAAAUCAGAAAGCUAAAAGAAGAAACAGACAAUGACAGAGAGGGUUUGGAAAAGAUGGCUGAAAUACUUCAAAAAGAGAGAGAAGAUAUUGUUCAUCUUGCUGAAGAUACAAAGAUAAAGAAUGAGAUCAUGGAUGAAAUGAAAGUUGCAAAUGAGUCUACACUGGCAGAUCUACAAAGAGAAAAAUACAGUCUUGAGCAAAUGAGAGUGAACAUCUCCAAACAAAGAGAUGAUAUUGAAAGAGAAAAAGAGAUAAUAAGACUCAAACAAGAUGAACUAGAGCGACUGCAAGAAGAGUUUCAUAAACAACAAAGUGAUAUGGAAAAGGAAAAGAGAGACAUUGAUGGUGAAAGAGCUGCAAUGAUCAGGGAAAAACAAGACAUGAUGACGGAACUGAAAAAGAAGUCUGAAGAUAUUGAGAUCCAAAUGAAGGCAGUAUUGACUGAAAAGGAACUAUUGGAUAAUGACAGGCAACUGCUGAAGAGUGAUAUGGAAGAUCUGCAACACAAAAUAAUGAAUGUAGAUAAAGAUUCAGAGAGUCUGAAAUUUGAGAGAGAAUCUUUUGUGAAUGAAAAAGAUUCAAUGAAACAGAUGAAAACUGACCUGCAACGAGAAGCACAUGAGAUUGAGAAGAUCAAACUAGAGACACAAGAUGGAAAACAAAGACUGGAGGAAAUGACCGCUCAACUCCAGAAAGAGAAAGACACCCUAGAUGAGAUGAAUGACAACAUCACAAGACAAAUGCAUGACAUUAAAAAUCAAAAGGAACAAAUCAGACAAAAACAACAUGAAUUCGAGCAGAUGCAAACUGAAAUUCAGAAUCUGAAACUGGAAAUGGACAAUGACAGACAUAUUAUAAUGAAGGACAGAAGUCAGCUUGACCUAAGACAAUCUGAGCUUGACAAACAGCAGACACAAGUGAAUGAGUUUAUGGAAAUAAUGAGAAAUGAGAGAAGACAACUAGAUAAAGAUAAAGAAGAGAUGGAAGAACAGAAACGGCAAAUGGACAAAGGAAGAGAAGAUGUAGACCAAAGUAGAAAGAAUUUGGAUGAAGACUUGAAGAUGCUGAUACUUCAGAAACAAGUGUAUGAAGAUGAGAAGAACAAGUUAGAACAGAUGAAGAUUGAGCAGCAAAGAGAAGCUGAUGAAAUCAAAAAGCUAAAAGAAGAAACAGAAAAUGAUAGAGAGGCUUUGGAAAAGAUGGCUGAAGUGCUUCAGAAAGAGAGAGAAGAUAUUGUUAAUCUCUCUGAAGAUAUAAGGAGAAAGAAUGAGAUCGUGGAUGAAAUGAAAGUUGCAAAUGAGUCUACACUGGGAGAUCUACAAAGAGAGAAAUACAGUCUUGAGCAAAUGAGAGUGAACAUCUCCAAACAAACUGAUGAUAUUGAAAAAGAAAAAGAGAAAAUAAGACUCAAACAAGAUGAACUAGAGCGACUGCAAGAAGAGUUUCAUAAACAACAAAGUGAAAUGGAAAUAGAAAAGAGCAACAUUGAUGGUGAAAGAGCUGCAAUGAUCAGGGGAAAACAGGACAUGAUGACAGAACUGAUAAAGAAGUCUGAAGAUAUUGAGAGGCAAAUGAAGGCAAUAUUGACUGAAAAGGAACUAUUGGAUAAUGACAGGCAACUGCUGAAGAGAGACAUGAAAGAUCUGCAACAAAGAAUGAUGAAUGCAGAUAGAGAUUCAGAGAGUCUGAAAGUUGAGAGAGAAUCUUUUGAGAAUGAAAAAGAAUCAAUGAAAGAAAUGAAAACUGACCUGGAACGAGAAGCACAUGAGAUUGAAAAGAUCAAACUAGAGACACGAGAUGGAAAACAAAGACUGGAGGAAAUGACCGCUCAACUCCAGAAAGAGAAAGACACCCUAGAUGAGAUGAAUGAGAACAUCACAAGACAAAUACAUGACAUUAAACAUCAAAAUGAACAAAUCAGACAAAAACAACACAAAUUUGAGCAGAUGCAAACUGAAAUUCAGAAUCUGAAACAGGAAAUAGACAAUGACAGACAUAUUAUAAUGAAGGACCGAAGUCAGCUUGCCCUAAGACAAUCUGAGCUUGACAAACAACAGACACAAGUGAGUGAGUUUAUGGAAAUAAUGAGGAAUGAGAGAAGACAACUAGAUAAAGAUAAAGAAGAGAUGGAAGAAGAGAAACGGCAAAUGGAAAAAGAAAGAUGUAAUGUAGACCAAAGCAGAAAGAAUUUGGAUGAAGACUUAAAGAUAAUGAUACUUCAGAAACAAGUGUAUGAAGAUGAGAAGAACACAUUAGAACAGAUGAAGAUUGAGCUGCAAAGAGAAGCUGAUGAAAUAAGAAAUCUAAAAGAAGAAACAGACAAUGAUAGAGAGGGUUUGGAAAAGAUGGCUGAAGUGCUUCAGAACGAGAGAGAAGAUAUUGUUAAUCUCUCUGAAGAUAUAAGGAGAAAGAAUGAGAUCAUGGAUGAAAUGAAAGCUGCAAAUGAGUCUACACUGGCAGAUCUACAAAGAGAGAAAUACAGUCUUGAGCAAAUGAGAGUGAACAUUUCCAAACAAACAGAUGAUAUUGAAAAAGAAAAAGAGAAAAUAAGACUCAAACAAGAUGAACUAGAGCAACUGCAAGCAGAGAUUCUUAAACAACAAAGUAAAAUUGAAGAGGAAAAGAGAGACAUUGAUGGUGAAAGAGCUGCAGUGAUCAGGGAAAAACAGGAUAUGAUGACGGAACUGAAAAAGAAGUCUGAAGAUAUUGAGAUCCAAAUGAAGGCAGUAUUGACUGAAAAGGAAUUACUGGAAAAUGACAGACAACUGCUGAAGAGAGACAUGGAAGAUCUGCAACAAAAAUGUAUGAAUGCCGAUAAAAAGCAAGCAAAUGAAUUUGAAUUGGCGAAGUCUGAUUUAGAGAAGAUCAAAACAGAAAUUGCUAAAGCCAACAAAAAUCUUGCAGAACAGCAGGAAAAAAAUGAGAUUACAAUAGCAGAGAUGCAGAGAGAGAAGGAUACUCUUGAAGAAAUGAGGGAGAACAUCUCAAAACAAGCGAAGACCAUUGAAAAUGAGAAUGAAAGUCUUUCUCACAGAGAAAGUGAAUUUGCGCAGCUGCAGGAAGUCAUGUUAAAACAGCAGCAUGAAAUGGAUGAAAUGAAGAACAACAUCGUGUUGGAAAUGAGUCAACUGGACCAGAGACAAAAUGACAUUGAUCAAUUACAGCAAGAGGUUGAUGAUCUAAUGGAAUUCACAAAGACAGAAAUGACCAACCUAGAAAGAGAAAGAGUGGAAAUGAUGGGACAGAAGAGAAACAUAGAGAGGGAUAUGGUCAGUCUAAAGACAGAGAAAGAGACAUAUGAACAACUGAGACUCAAGUUACUUGAGGAAAAAGAUCUGGUUGAAAAAGACAGAGAGCAGUUGAACAAAGAUUUGGAUCAAAUGGAGAGACAGAAAAUGGAUAUGGAGAGAGAGUUAAAGAAUCUCAAAUUUGAGAAACAAACCAUUGAAUGUAAGAAAGAAGAACUAGAGAAGAUGACAACAAUCGAUCUUCAAAGUCAAGGUGAAGACUUGGAUAAAAUAUCUGAGAAGACAAACAUUGAAAGAGAGAGGGAGAAGGAUAUUGCUGUCAAAUAUAAAAUACAAUCAGACACCAGUGCUCUCCCUACAGACAACCAACUGAUGAAAGAGCUCUUGGAUGAGACAGAGAAGCAAAGAAAAGAAAUUCAGUCUGCCAAAGACUUGCUUCAAGAAGAAAGAUUUGAACUGGAGAAAACCAAAACAGAGAUAAGCCAAGCCAGAGAAGAACUAGAUAGACAAAGAACAGACUUAAAGAGAGAGAAAGACAUUCUUAAGCAGCAAGAUGAGCUGCAAAAGAAGAGAGAGGAAAUUGAGAAGUUAAAGUUAGAAGUUCAGAAAGAAGAGCAGAGGGCUGCAGAAGAAUUAGAAAACGAGAGGCAACAAUUUGCAGAGGAGACCAAAAUGAAAACUGACACCCUGGAUGAAAUGCAAGCUGACAUAGAGAGACAGAAACAAUCUGCUGAUGUAGAGAAAGAGAUGAUUACGAAGGAAAGGAUGGAUCUUAAGAAAGCCCAGGAAGAUUUCAAAAGACAAUCCGAGGAGAGUGAGAUCACACGGGCAGACCUGCAGAAAGAGAGAGAAAGUCUUGAUGUAAUGAGGAUGGAUAUCUUAAAACAAAAACAUGACCUAGAGAGAGAAAGAGAUGAACUGUUAGAGCAACAGUGCCUGUUGGAGACACAAAAGAAGGACAUCAAAAAUGUGGAACAGCUAAGCCAAGAGCUUUUAGAUGAAAAGGCAUUGACUGAGAAAAUCAGAAAGCAGCUGAUCCAAGACAUUGAUGAUAUGGAACAAAAUAAAUCAAAUCUACAUAAAGAAUUAGAGGAGAUCAAAUUCCAAAAACAAGAUAUUCAAGAUGAAAGAGCUCAACUAGAACAAAUGAAAGCUGAGUUCCAAAUGAAAGUGGAGGAUAUGGAAAAUUCAAUGCAAGAGAUACUGAGUGAAAGAGAAAAAUUUGUACAGAAAAAGUCUGAAGAGAGCAAAAUAAGAACAGACCUUGAUAAAGCAAAUACUGAGAUACAGAGACAAAAGGAAGAGUUGGAAAGUUAUGCUGAUAAUCUAGAAAAAUAUAGACUUAAACUAGAUGAAGCAAGGGCUGAAAUAGAGAGUAUUAAAGAGGAUGUUGAAAAACAGGCAACAAAACGGAUUGAGGAAUGUUUGCAAAAAGAAAGAUACAAUAUUGAGGAUAUAAGAAGGAACCUGCUUAAAAAGGAAGAGGUCAUUGAACAGGACAAGACAAAAAUAAGACUGGGAUACCAAGAAAUAGAGCUCAUCCAAGCUGAAUUAGUGAAACAGAAAGAAGAGAUGAUUGAAAAGAUUGGUAAAUCAGAACAAGAAAUACAAGAACAGAGAAAUAAACUACAGAUGACAGAAGAGGAAUGGAGUGUACGAAUGGUAAAGUUGCAAGACGAGAUAAACAAAAACAAUGUCAUUAAAUCAGAGUUAGCGAAAGAAAGAGAAGCAAUUGAUGAAAUGUUAAGAGAGCUUAAGAGAGAAAUGGAGAAAUAUGAAAAGAUCAAAUCAAAUAUUUUAAUCCAAAAAGAAGAGUUUGAGACUAAAAGGCAGUCAGAUUUAGAGGAACUCAGGAAUAUGAGAUCUGAAAUGCUCAAGCAGAAAGAGGAAUUAGAGGACAAGAUGCAAAAGACUAAACAUGAGAUGGAAGAACUGAAGCUUCUUCAGAAUGAAACUGAUAGCAAGAGGAAAGAUCUUGAUCACAAGAUGAGACAGGUAGCAAGAAAAAGAGAUGAGUUGGAGAAAAUUAGGACUGACAUUGAAGGUGCAAAUGAGAAACUCGAAAUGGACAGGGUCAUUUUAAGUAUAGAGCGGGAGCAAAUGAAAGCUGAGAUACAAAGAGCAGAGGAUGAACUACAAUCUCAUAUGGAAGAAAGAGGUGGAUAUAUAGAAGAGAGAGAUCAUAUGAACACCAAGAUUCAGAUGCUUAUUCAAGAAGCUGAACAUACUAGGGAAAUGGCUUGGAGAACAAAACAUGACCUGGAAAGAAGCAUGCAGAGAGAUGUUAAUGUUGAAGCAGAUUCAGAGGAUAGAAAAGAAAUGAAUGCUUACAUGCAAAGGCUGAUCCAUGAAAUUGAGCAUAUUAGAGAGGUUCUCAGAAGAAUGAAAGAUGAAAUCAAGGCUGCUAGAAAAGAAAGAUUUGAACUGGAGAACUUGAGGCUGGAAAUCGAGGCCAUGAAAAAGAGCAUGAAAGAAACUUGUGAGCAGCAGAACAUUGAGAUACAAAAAGAGAAACAGCAAAUAAAGAGUACCAAAGACUGCAUGAGCAAAGAGAGAAGUGAUCUUGAGCAAAUAAGAGCUGAUUUGGAAAGGCAAAAACAAGACAUGGCAUUGGCCAAGCAAAAACUUCAUGAUGAAAAUGAACUGCUGGAGAAAGAAAAGGUUGACAUGAAGAAAAAAUCAGAGAUGCUUGAAAGAAUUUUAGAGGAGACCAGUAAGAAAGAAAGGAAUGAAGAAAGAUUCAGAAGAAUUAAGAGAGAAAAUGGAAACAUUAAGUAUGGAUGA